AUGGUUGAAGAAGAAUGGUAUGAAAGUACUAGAAUGGUUCCGAAACAUACGGAAAAACGAAACGUAGAAAAAGUUUACUCGCAUACUCACCCUUUUAUAAGAUAUUUUAUCAGACAAAGUAUUAAAGGAGGAAGAGUUUCGGCAAAUCGAAAAUCAUUUGAAACGAAUAAAAUGAAUGAGAUCUGCGCCAUAUUAAAAAAAUACAAUGAAAGUAACACUGAAGGAAUAAUAGAUUUAUUCAAAGAAUACAGUGUUAACCCAAAAGAUAAAACAGAAGUUCUGGACUAUUCUAAACUGAUGGCAUUUGACGCUAAUGGGUUGUACGCUUCAGCCAUGACAGAAGGUGAAUAUCCUAAAGCGGAAAGUGCAAGAGCGUUUCUACCAGAAGAAGAAAAAGAAUUUGUAAAACUCUUCAAUAAACAAAAAUUCAGACCUAGAACUGCUAUUUUAAAAGUUUGGUUUGAAUAUCCCAAAAAAAUGUUCUUUCAACCCAUACAAGCUAAAGAUAAAAUAACUUUUACGAAUAGAAUAGGUCAGAAGGAAACUGGCACUAAAAUCAGGUUCAGAAAUAGUUUCUGUCACGACGUUUUAACAUCAGUUGAUAUUCAAGAAAUAGUGAAAUCCGGUGGUAAAAUUAUUAGAAUAUUAGAUGAUGUUCGCCUCAAUAUAGGAACACUUAUAGGUAAGAGUUUAUUAAAAUCAUAUUGA